AUGCUGGUGUUUUAUCCAGACUUUAAGUCAAGCGGGGUUCUGGUAUACGGCUUUGUGCCUCACUGCACUCAGGCCACACUGUUUGGUGAUUUGAGUGGACAAGAGAUCAAAACAAUGGUUUCCACCACAGAACUACAAAAGACAAAGGGAACUUUCCUUCACAAGUUAACAGCAAGAGCGAUCAUCAGAGACUAUGAAGAUGGCAUUCUAGGCAACAGUGAGGCAGAACACGAGGGGAAGAAAGCAGAGCUGAAGUCCUACAUCACUGAGCUCAGUGAAGAGUUCUCCAUCUUGUCCCAGUUCACAAGUUUUGUCGCCAUUGAAGAAAGGGACCAGAAUGAGCUUGACACUGGAUUCACAGAUAUUCCUAAAAUCAUCUCAGAGGAGGAUGUGGAUAUUUUGCCAUAUAUGGGCUGGACUGAAGAGAAGCUGAAGGCCGCGUAUAGUAUUGGUGCUGAAGAUGAUGAUAUGGAAUCAGAAGAAUUGUCCAGUAGCAGCUCCACGUAUCAUGAUUUGGAUAUGGAUUGCAUGGAAGGACACAUUUGGAAUGAAAUGUCUAGUGAAAUUGGUCAUUGCGAAAUGGAGGAUGCUGAGGGAUCUAGUAAUUAUUUUAUAGAAAGGUCUGCAGCUCCCCCUGAACCUCAGCUAAUAUCCAGAUCUUAUGCUUCUUGCUCAAGUACCAUCCAGAGUCCUUCUCAUUCUGAGAGUAGCAUUGACGUUUUCAUAGGCUCAAGCAGGCGUUCUGCAAAUAUGGAUGUGUUUGGUAUUACCGCUCCAAAGCCUUAUAGUGGCCGUGCCACCGCACUUGACCUCUCUGGUAUAUCUGCUCCAAAGUCUCACCGUCGCCGGGCUGCCGCUCCGACUGUUAGUGCCAUCAAGUCCAUACCUUCCUCCAUGAGUGACAGGCCUCCCCUUCACGCUGCCGUAAUGCCUCCUUAUGAUUCCUCCAUAAGAGACGAGCAUCCCUUUUACUGUACUGCCGCAGUGCCUUCUUUCCUUCAGUAUCCUCCUAUUUUUGCAUCAGCAGACUCUCUGUCCAGAGAUGACAGCCUUCCUCCUGUUGGUGCCAGUGUGCAAAGUACUAGCUCCAUGUAUAAAAGACGUCCCAUUUUACAUGCCAGCAGUGCACACGUCAUACAGUUUGCAGGUCCUCCUGAUUCUACUCAUCUUGCAUCCACACGGUCCAUGUUCACGACUCCCCUGCCACCUCCUCCUCCUCCUUCAAGCAUGAUGGCUGCUGUCCCCGCAUUCUAUUCUCAGUUGCAUUUUCCCCCUACAUUUAGUGACUGCAGUAGUAGCCCCACAAUUUUGAGUGAGUCUCUUAGUUUGUGUUCCUCAUCAGUUGGACAUUUCUUUGAAGCAUCUCGUCAACAACAAGCACAACAGCAACAAGAAGUGCUGCAAGAUGUGCAACUACAAGAGCAACAAAUAUGUCUGAGUUCUAUGAGUUCUGCACCUGCUGCAGACAGUUUCACUUUUGAUUUUGACACUUCUCGAUAUAAAAAAAAAAGAGGGAAAAGAGUAAAGGCAAGCUUGGCACGACAUUUCGCACCACCUCACGACAGCUUGCCAAAAAUGAGAAGAAAAUAUGACACAGUGGCCUGGAAUGAGCUUUUUGAACUUCAAGAUAAGGAUGGAUACUGGGAGUGCACUGACAGGCUGAGCAGCUUCCUCAACCUGGACGUAGACUUUUUUGCCAAUGUCUUCCUUAAGGAGAAAGGCAUCCGUUCUUUUGGUGUGAAGGCUCAUGCUGACAUUCUGAGGCUGGUGGCGACUCUUCUGGUGCUGCAGCUGAUCCGGGUGAAGAAGCUGGCAGUGGGACAGCUGCUCGAGUCUCUCCUCCGGCUGAAAGAGUCCCAGGAGCCCAGACCGAUGUACUGGGAAGCAGUGAAGAGGGCCGUGGCCUGGGCCUGCCGGACAGACAGACAGCAUCCGUGUGUGUGCAGCAGGCUGGAGAUCGGCCGGGAUUGGGAAUCAUCUACACGUCAACUACUGGGCUGUGAUUCUCCACACCCAUAUUCCCCACUCAAACCUGUUCUGGAGAGACGUAUGGAUGUAUCAGUCAUGUAGAAACUGGACAGACACUUUCCUCUUCAUUGACAGUUGUUGUUUUUGCUGUUUGCUUAAUAUUGCAAAAAUCUUUAUAGCCUUAAAUUGUCUCAAAGAUAUAUUUGGACACUUCAGUCACACUUAAAAUGUCUGAAUUUCAUUGCAAAAUGUUAUAUCUAUAUCUUUAGUUGAAAGAUAAAUUAUUUUAUAUGUUUUUUUUUAAGUAUAUGUAUAGACAUUCAGUCAUUAAGUUUGGCUUCAGUAUUCAGUCCAAAUACUUUUUGUGGUACUGUAUUGUUCUGUGUGAACUUGAGGAGAAGUUACUUAAUACAUCCACUAAAAAUCACUUUCAGACCAGCUGGUUAACUGCUUGAAAUGCAUUUAUGGCUAUAUGAUGAGAAUUAUGCUUGGUUAACUGUAUUUUAGUGGUCUUAGUAGAGUUUAAUAAAGCAGUUUUUGUGAAGUUUACGUUAUUGUUAUGUAACAGUAUAAUUAUAUUAACCACAAACCAAGUAAUCACUGUUUUAUCCGCUUUCUUUCAGUUUUA